AUGGCGCUGCUGCGAGGAGGCGAGGCCGGCGCCGGAGCGAGCGCGCUCGGUCCCCGGCGAGGGGGGGCCGGAGGCGGCGGGAGGAGGCGGCGAGGGAGGGCGCGCGGGGGAGGGAGCGAGCGCGCGAGGGAGGGGGGCGCGCCGCGCCCGCCCCCCCGGCCCGCAGGACCCUCCCCUCGGCCCGCCCUCCCCCCGGCCCCGCGCGCCGCCCGCGCCUCAGGCCGCUCCGCGCCCGGGCCCCGGCUGCGGCGGCUCCGGCUGCGGCUCCAUCCCCGGCCCGGCCCCGCGCGAGGGGAGGCCGAGCAAGCGGCCGCCGCGGCGGGUCGCGGGGCCCGGGUCGGGCGGGCUGCGGAGGACGCGGACCCACCUUCGCCGCGGCGCGCGCGCGCUCGCGCGCACACACACACACACACACACGCGCGCGCGCAGAGGGCUCGGGGACACUCGCGGCCCGGGCCUCCUCGACUCCGACGCGGACACGCCACGCACACCGACGCGCGCAGACCCACACACUCGUCACGACACACACAGCCUGCGGUGCCAUGCAGACACACGGGGACCCGCGCUGGCAGCCGAUGCGGUGUCUCGGACGCACAGCCCCUGCGGGCUGCCACGAACACAGACUCACACAGCCUGCGGGUGUCACCCAGCCAGACGCUCGGGGACUCACAUAUUCACAGCCUGCGGGUGUCACCCAGACAGCCACAGCCGCCACGCUGUCCCGUACACAGACUCACAGCCUGUAGGGUGUCACCUGGACGCUCGCCCAGGUUGACAACCCUAGGAAGACACUCCGGGCCUGGGACUGACCUGCACCCCCACCCCCAGGACCCCCCCCCCCCCCCCCCCCCCCCCCCGGCGAUUGCGCCAGCCACCCAGACCAGCGAGUGCAGGUGUCCCGGAUACACGCAGUCACAACAGGCACGCAGAGCGGGGGGGAGACGGGACAGAUGGGGACGCAGACAGAGACUCGGACACCGAGGACGACAGACCUGGGGGGGCGGGGGUCCCCUGCGGGACCCGCAGGGGCUCCAGCGGGGCGGGGGGCGGGGAGCGCGCGGCGGCUGCACAGGUGGGGGUGAGCGGGCGCCCCCUCCCCGGGUCAGGAUUAAUGGUGGUGCCUCUGCAGCGGGGUGGGGGGAGGGGGGAGGGGGAGGGGCGGGGCCGAGGAGGGUCAGCCCCCCCCCCGCCCCUGCCGAGCGGGCAGCCGAGAGCUGGGACGCGGUGCCGCAGCGCCCCCCCACCCCUCAGCGCUCUCCCGCAGUCCCCCUCCUCCGGCCGCCGCAGAGCAGGCGCCGCCCCCUUCCCCCCCCUCCUCGGCUCUGCGUCUGGCGCAGCUGGGGGACGACGGGAGGGGUCUCGCCCGAGCCUGGUGGGUGGAGAAGAUUCUGUUAUCAUCCUUCGGUCCGGGUUUCCCUGUGCCUGCGACCCCAGUUCCCCCGCACUGGGGGCUCCGGGGUUCAGGGACCCCAUUGGGGAAGUGGUUCCCAGCUCCCCCAGGGAGGACGCCAGGGUUGAGGGUGGGGGCAGGCGGCAUCUCACGACCAGAAUCGGGCCCUGGGCCGCCCUUCUGGAGCCAUGGCUGACUCUGGGGGCUUCUGGAAGUUGACUCUGCUGUUCUGUGCGCGCCGCUGGGCAUCCCAGAGGCUGGGAAAUCUCGAGCAAACGAGAUGUGACACUACCCUGCCUACAUAGUAGGUGCUCAGUAAGCCUCGGCCCGCACGUAGCGGAUCUCCACCGGGCCGGGAGCACCCACUCUGAGGCCUGAGGUCUCAUCCCAUCUGCACACUCUCCUAGGUUUUCAGAAGGGAAACUGAGGCCCAGAGAGGGCACCUCAUUUUCCCCUGGUCAACCAGCAUGUCGGGAGCCCGAGGACCCUAAUCCUGGCGCCUUCUCCAGGGCGCUCCGCUGGGGGGAGGGGAACGCUGUGCAGGUGGCCUUGCCUCUCACAAACCUGAAGCCGGAGGAAAGGGGGUGCCUCUUCUGGUUCUGGCAAGGGAAGGGUUAAGGGGAUAGCGACCCCUUCCCCCACCCACCUUGCGGCUCUCUCCCCCUCUCCACCCUCCUUCCUCAUCUCUAAUCUGCCUCUGUUAAUCCCCAGCUUGAGUCCUCUGUCCCUCCCUCUUAGGUACCUGGGAGGAGGGGGGGGGGGAAUGGGUUGAUAGCAGCCAGAUCCCAGGGGUUGGGGCCCAGGGGACAACCGGGGACGGCACCGACGGAGCCCCCACCCAUCAUUUCCCCCAGGAGGCCACCCCUGGGCUGUGGGAACAGUGCUGCAUGUGAGCCUGCUCAGUUACCUUCGUAGCAGCCCUAUAACUCCAUCUCCGUUUUAUAAGGAAACUGAGGCUCAGAGAGGUUUAGAUAGGUCCCUGAGGUCACCCAGCUAGCCCAGAGGAUGCUUUCCUGACUGAAUCGCAUCAUUUCAGCUUCUUCUGUGAUCCGAAUAGGCUGGGAAUCUCUCAGACCAUCACCUCCUGCUUCCUGUAUGACCGUAGGACACAGCUGAGCUGAGUUUCUGCCACUGUGGAGCAAAGCCCCCCCUUCCUCCAGAUGUUUGGCCUGAAGUUCUUUGACUCUGUUUCAUUCCUGGGAGAUGGAAGGGAUUCGUCAACGCAUGAAAGGGGUCCAGCCUUACGCAGACCAAAGAGAGGAUGGCAAACAGGAAGAAAACGCCAUAUGCUUUGGCACUCAUCAAAGAAAGUGGGGUUCACUUGGCGGGUGUUUAUUCCACGAGCCGACCGUAAACUUUACUGAUAAAUGGAGCAAUGAUGACGGGAUAAGGAAGCAGGCAAGUCACAGACAGGAGCCACCCAGCCUGGGUUCAUAUUCUGGCAGCGUGACGCUGGGCCAGUCGCCUCAACCAUCCGAGCCUCGGUUUACCCAUCUGUAAAACGGGAUCGGAGUAGCUGUAGCAAGGAUCGAGUAGGUUCACGCUUGCCAAAUGCCUAGGACAGGACCCGGCGGGCAGCAAAUCAUGGAGAAGGGUCUGUUAUGUGAAAACAGGGGCAUCUGGGGGGCCCAGUCGGUUGGGCGUCCGACUUCGGCUCAGGUCAUGA